AUGGCAUCGCAAGACAACACUGGCAGAGUGAACGCUGAAAAGGAUAUUAAGCGCAAUCCUCAUCCCGACUUUAAGAAGGUCGAGUCCGCCAGGGACCCAUGGGAUAAAUCUUUGGAAUUCAACUUCAAGCAGACCCCCAAUCCCGAGUGGAAGUUUGGAGACGGGGCUAAUGACGGUGGUGCAACUCUGAACAUUCCGCACGUUGAAAUCGACCCGUAUGAGGAGGGUAGAUCUUCCGUUUCGAACUACAAACUGUUGAUCUCCGGCAUCAUUCCUCGACCAAUUGGCUUCAUCAGCACCAGAUCAAAGGACGGGAGCAGCACAAAUUUGGCACCCUUCAGUUAUUUUCAAGUUAUCAAUCAUGAUCCUCCCCUAUUCACGAUCGGGUUUGCUUGUGGGUUUGAGAACGCAAAGGACUCGUUACGGAAUUUAAGCGAGUCCCAAGAAUGUGUUAUCAAUAUCAUCUCCGAGCAUUAUGUUGAAGCUGCAAAUGCUGCCUCAAUUAAUGCGCCUUAUGGGGAAACGGAAUGGAGUCUAACUGGGCUUACACCGGCACCUUGCUCGACUGUCAAGGCAAGCAGGGUCAAGGAGGCUAUCUUCUCUGUCGAGGGGAAGCUGGAAAGCACUAGAGAAUUCGAGAGCAGAGCCACACCCGGAAAGAAGACUGGGGUUCUUGCGAUUAUUGAAGGGACGAGAUUCUGGGUCAGAGAGGAUGCCCUCAACGACGAUAAGAAUUUGAUUGAUCCUGUCGUUUUGAGACCAAUAAGUAGAUUGGGAGGCAUUACAUACGGAAGGACGACAGAGGCCAUGGAGUUACUUAGACCGGAUUAUCAGGAGUCCGUUGCGUCAAAGGAAGAGGUAAAGAAACUGGUGAAGGCAAAGGCAGACGGACAAUGA